GGGCGGGGAGGGGUCCCGGCUUUCCAGGGGGCGCUUCCUGUCGUCGUAAUGAGGAGUCCUGGGAGCAGGUGAUGAAACUGCAGCCCGGGUUGCGUGAGGCCGCGUGUCCCGCGGGCCUGGCUCCCCACCUGCCUCUCACUUCUGCUUUCUGUGCUCACGCCGGGCUGUGGGUCCCUGUGCAGCCCCGUGGCCCAUCGCAGGGAACGAGUCGGAAGCUGAACAUGGCCUGGCACUCGGGGUUCUGAGAAGGAAAGACAGAUUGAAAGCCCUUGGGACCAGCCACUCUGCACAGCCACCACGAUGGGUAGGAAAAAAAUCCAGAUCUCACGCAUUGUCGACCAAAGGAACAGGCAGGUGACUUUCACCAAGCGCAAGUUCGGGCUGAUGAAGAAGGCUUACGAGCUGAGCGUGCUGUGUGACUGCGACAUCGCGCUGAUCAUCUUCAACAGCGCGCAGCGCCUCUUCCAGUACGCGAGCAGCGACAUGGACCGCGUGCUGCUCAAGUACACGGAGUACAGCGAGCCGCACGAGAGCCGCACGAACGCCGACAUCCUACAGACGCUGAAGAGGAGGGGCGUGGGCCUCGAUGGGCCCGAGCUGGAUGUGGAGGAGGGGCCAGACGGUCCUGGAGAGAAGCUGCUGAGGACGCUGGCGGGGGACAGAGGCUCGGCCUCGCCCCCGCCUCGGAUCUGUGUAAGAGGACUUUCCUGUCCCUUCGUCGAAGCCCUCACACCUCCCAACUCAUUUCCGCCCGUGGCCCCCGCCAUGUCGGUCUCAGAGCUGUCCUACCGCGUCCCACCCGCCACUCCAGGCUGCGAUCCUGCCGGGCUGGGGGAGGCCCCGUCUGUCCACUGCCGCCCGCCUCACUUCCGACCCCCGGGCCUGGGACACCCCAUCUUCUCUCCGAGCCACCUUGCGGGCAAGACGCCCCCACCCCUGUACCUGUCGGCUGAUGGGCGGAGGCCAGACCUGCCCCCUGGCCUGGUUGGUGUCCGAGGGGGACUGGGCACCUCGAGGAGCCUGCACAGCGGCCUGCAGAGCCCCGGGGCCCCGGGCCCCGCCCUGGGUAGCUUUGCCUUCCUACCGUCUGGCUCCGCAGACUGCAGCCCGGGAGACGCAGCUCAGGUCCCCCUGCAGCCAUCACCCUGGCCACAGUCAAGGGACGCGCUGGACCCUGCUCGGCCAGUUGCCCGCAGUCUGUGCGAGGAGGGUCCCCCCAGCCGAGGGGCCUCCCCCUCUACGCCUCCAGUUAGCAUCAAGUCCGAGCGACUGUCUCCAGUCACUGGGACCUCUAGCGACUUUCCCAGGCCCUUCCCCUACCCGCUGCUCCUUGCCAGGCCCCUGGCAGAGCCACUGCGGCCCUCGGCCUCCCUGCGCCGCUUGACCCCAGACUGCUGGCCACGGUAGCGCUCCAAGAGGUUCCUCCAGCCUUCGCAAAGUUCCGGAAGUCUCAGGUUCCCUGCAACACCCGGAGGACGAGCACACCCAAUGUGCAUCACUAAUGAGGCCCCGUCCCUUCCUGGGGGCCGCUGCAUCAAUAAAGCCCGAGGAUCCGGGAGGGCGCUGGGCAGCCCCCAGCUCAGAGCCUCCCGAGUCCGGGAUAGCCAUA